UUGGAAGAAUGUUUGCCUAGCAGGCACAAAGCCCUGACACCACGUAUUACUGGGUGUGUAAUUCCAGCACUUAAGAAAUAGAAAUAGCCAGGCAGUGAUAUGCAUCUUUAAACCCAGCUCUAUCAGGGAGGCAAAGGUGGGCAGGCCUCUGUGAUUUCAAGGCCAGCCUGGUCUACAGAACUAGUUGCAGGAUGACCAGGGCUAUGUAUGCAAAGAAGCCCUGUCUCAACGGAAAGAAAAAGAAAGAUGCGGAGACCAAGUCAGGCACGGCGGUGCAAGUCUUUAAUCUCAGUACUUUCUGAGGCUGAAGCAGAAUCUGUGUGUUCAAGGUCAGCCUGACAAAUAAAAAAAGUGAGCUGGGCAGUGGUGGCGCACACCUUUAAUCCCAGCACUCGUGAGGCAGAGGCAGGCAGACCUCAGUGGGUUUGAGGCCAGCCUGGUUUACAAAGCAAGUUCCAGAACAGGCAGGACUGUUACAGAGAAACCUUAUCUCAAAAAAAACAAAAACAAAGAAGGAAAGAAAAGAAAGAGAGAGAGAGAGAAACAAAGAAACAGAAUCAGGAGCUCCUGCUUGCAGGCUGAGAGUUCCCACUAUGGGUCCUCAUGUUACAGAUACUGACGACCAGGCGAAUGGACCGACGCCAUACUCUUCCUCGCUGAAGCGGCUCAGCGCUCCACCUGUGUCCCCGCGGCUUCGCGUGCGGCCCUGGUGGUUCCCGGCGCACGAACUCAGGGAUCCUCUCGUGUUCUUGGAGGCCUGGGUAGCAGAAAUGAUCUUUGGCCCCAAUCAAGUCUUAAUCCCAGAAAUAGAGUGGUUAAGCCAGGCUUUGCUGAGAGUGGACAUUGUCGACCCUGGGAACGUAGCUGAAAUCACCAUCUAUGGACGACCCUGUGUGAAGAGUCGAAUCUUGCACCUGGCAGCUUGCCAUAAAGAAGAACAUGUCCAAAGAGCUACAAAGAUGAAACAACUUGAGGAAUUUUUGAAGAACCAUUCCCCAAACUCAAGAGACCAGGCAAGAGACACUUGCUGACUGAGAGGCAGACCAGCUUUCCGCCCGCCCGUGGAGGUGAAGAGAAACAGUUCCUUAAAAUCUCCCCAUUUAUUUCCUUUCCUGCCUUUGUGGAUGGAUACCUGUUUGUUUUCAUUUCUCCAAGUAGCAAUUUGUAGAACUGUUCAAAUAUAGAAAUGACUUUUUUGGCCUGUUAUUUUUAUCACACACAAUAAAGCAAACUUAAACAUCAAAAAAAAAAAAAAAAAAAGAAUCAAUCAGGAAUUCAAGU